UAUACUCGUACCCGACUCUGCCAAGAUCGUGUCUAUAAAACUAAAAGCCUCCACUUCUAGCCUGCACAAUCUAUCUUUCUACUCACCCGCAGUAAGCGAUGGCGACGCUAGUUGCCGGACUGCCGCAGUACGUGGUCCUCAAAUCAAAGAGGCUAAACAUCUACAUGCACUACAUGUGGAACAACGACGAGUUCGGUGACUUCUACGAGUUCAUCGGCACCAAACGGGCCUUGGAUCCGGUGAACCCGUUCGUCAAGCUCGAAGUCGUCCCUUCCACCACCAACCCAUCGUCCUUCGUCCACCUCCGCUGCUCUUACAACAACAAGUUCUUCCGUCUUGUCCAAAGGUUGGGAGUGUGGAUGGUCACCGCCACGGCGGACAACCCCAACGAGGACACCUCCGUGGUCGGCGAGUGCACGCUGUUCGAGCCGGUCUUCCCUUCCGACCAGCCCGACACCGUGUGGUUCCGCUACGUGGCGAACCAGGGCCGUCUCUUCUGGUUCAACAACCCGGACUUUCCGGAUGAGUACGGGAUGUCGAUCGUCUACUCCCAAGAGGAGCGCUUCACCACGUACUACGACUACGCGCCGUGGGAGUCGUACGAGGACAAGAUGCGGGCGAAAGACGCGGUGAUCCAGGCGCGUGACGUGGAGAUCCGGAGGCUGGCUGCCGAGGUGGCUGACAACGGAGAGGAGAUAAAGACCCUGCGAGGCCAGCUGGCGGACAGGGACGGCGAGAUCGUGAAGCUGAAGGGCCAGGUGGCGUCUUGGGAGGCGUACGUGGAGAAGAGGAAGGUUAAACUGGAGGAUGGGAUGGUGACCCUGCAGUCCGCCGUGGCGGCGGCGUGGGAGGCGUUCCAGGACAACGUCAGCGCCGGGAUUGGGAAGAUUAAAGGUGGUCUUGGUCGGUUCGGUAAGGUACUUAAGCUGCAAAAGGUACAUCAUGGUUAUUAAAUCACUGAGGAAGGGACGAUUGUGAAAUUAGUACAGGGGUUCUAUUAAAAAAAUGUC